AUUAUUUCAUUGCUAGUUCGGUUUUAUCUUGGCUACAGUACGAUAAGUCGGCCGUGAAUUUGUAUCGCGAUUGACACAAAAGUUGGUUGUUAAAGGUGAACUAGUUUUGUCAGACUUUUGUGCAGAAUCGUCUCAAUUCCAGUGAAGAGAUAAAAAAAUGUUGAAGUUUGUAUUGGCGUCUGUCAUUCUGGCAGCAGUAAGCGCUCAGGAGAGUGGAAUUGUAUAUCUCUUCGAUCCGUUGGGUAAAAGUGGAGUAUCAGGAAACGUCACCUUCACUAAAACUUCCAAUGGAAUCCAGAUUACUGGUGAAGUACAUGGACUGACAGAAGGAAAACAUGGAUUCCAUGUUCAUCAACUUGGUCACAUCGCACCAGGAUGUGUUGGAACCGGAGGGCACUUCAAUCCUCAUAAUCAAACCCACGGAGCUCCAGAAGAUAAGGUACGCCAUGUUGGAGAUCUUGGCAAUAUCGUAGCCGAUAAAGCAGGAGUUGCCGUUAUCAAUUUUGUCGAUAAUGUCAUUGCAUUAGAAGGACAGCAUAAUAUAUUGGGAAGAGCUGUUGUAGUACACGAAAAAGAAGAUGACUUAGGCAAAGGAGGUAAUCCCGAUUCCCUGUUAACUGGAAAUGCUGGAGGACGACUGGCCUGUGGAGUCAUUGGAAUACAGUCUGAAAAGUCUGCUGGAGCUGGAAUUUUCAUUAGUACCAUCCUGAUCAUGAGUGCAGCAGUGUUGGUCCAUACAUUUAAAUUUCUCUCUCAAUAAUAUUUAUUUUUAGUU